AUGUGGUCUCCAACUGAUAACUUUCUCAGAGGGAAGAUUAUUAAACCUUUCUUACCCUUCGAAAAACAUCCAAACUUACAUAAUGAUGAUUUGAAGAAUUUGUACCCUGGUGAUGAUAUUUUCAUUUUCGAGACAAAGGGUGACCGUUGGGGUCGUGGGUAUGCUAUUUCCAAGCCAUUCCCUAACGAUUUCACUAUCACAUCGGUUAAUUUGGAUGAUUUACCUGGCUUAGAUGUUAAGGUGGUAGUUUUCCCAUUGAAGUAUGUCCAUAUUUUGGAAGAAGUUCCAAUUGCAAGGAUUGAAGUUAACAAGAACUUCAAUAACAUUUCCAACAAUGGUGAAAUGGUUCCAACUAUCCAAGACUCCGAGUUUGCUCAUAGACAGGCAGUGGAUGGAACUUUCGAUGCUGACAAUAUGUUGCAAAGUCAAGCUAAGAAGAACUUGAUUCCAACUUUGCCAAUGACCACUUUUAAUGAUGGUGAUCUUUUAGGAGAAAUUAAGCACGCUAUCAACUUGUUGUCUUCUCAUAUUUUUGCCUUAUACUCCAUUGGUGAAUUUAGAUUGUUCAACAAGUUAUCCUUGAUCUACUAUGGUUUAGAUGAAACAAGAAUCAAGUUAUCGAAUAAUUUGUUGACUAAAAAUGAAAGUCAGGUUGCUAAUGAAACUGCUACAUUUUUGUUAGCCAAGAUCAGUAAAAAGUUAGCUUCUAGAGCUGCUAGAUUAAACGCUACAUCUUACGAUUUAGAUAAUCAAAAUACUGAUAUUUCUGGUUACAAGGCUAUUUUGUCAAGAGAUGCUAUCUCCGGUAACUUGUUAUCAAAUGGCAAUGAAAUUCCACCAGUUAUUGCUCUUAAUCAAGUUUUAUGUGCAUUGGCACCAAAUUUCCCAAUCAAUGCCCAUAUCAAUAAGAACGAGUAUUCUUUAGCUCCAAGACCAAACAAGAAUUUCUUCCCAGAUCCUCCAUCUCAUAUUUUGGUCGAUUUCAAGUCUGUCUCAGGGUCUUCUGCCUAUCAGCCUCCUGGUUUCUGUGGUAUGAUUGCAUACUUAUAUUUGAGAAACAACCGUAAGAGAUUAACUGAAGCUUUUGCGGUCCACACAAAUUCCGUCGAAGAUUUGGUUCAUGUUGAAAAGAUUUCUGCUGCACUUUUUAAGAAUAUUCCAUCCAGUGAAAUUGAAAAUAGUAGAGUUUACUUGGUUGCAGUAUUAACUGAAGAAGUUGAAUUAAAUGUCAAGGAAGGAAAUAUGCCACAAAUUAGAAGAGUUAAGAAAGGUGUAGCUGCAGGUGUUGCUGAUAUCACCAGAAUCUUUUCUCACAACCAAGGUUCAUUGGAAGCUGGUGAAUCUCAUCAAUUCACUAUCAAAUUGUUCGGUUCAUACAUGAAUCAAAAGAAGGGUCCAUCUAAAAUGAUCAGUCAACAAGAUGAAAUCGAUGGAUCAGCUAACAACGGAUGGGGUGAAACCGUUGAUAGGAUUAUUGCAGGAUCAAGUCAUGGUAUCGCAGUUAAUCCUAGAGCUGAGAAGUUGAUCAUUUCUGUGAAGGAAUUCAAGCAUCAAUUUGUUGGUAAUGGUCAAAAUCCAAUUGGUACCUCUACGCCAAUUGCUAGAAUUAAGCCAAUUUUCUUUGACCCUAUUGCUGAAAAUUACGAAAGAAUUUAUAUGAGAAUGGGUAAAAUUAGUUUAUUGAAUUCCAUGACCAAAGAUGACUUAAUUACUUUCGAAGUGGCCACUCCAAACAACGAUAUGAUAACCUUUGCUAAGGCCUCUAAUCAACAGGAAAAAAGAAACUGGCAAUUCGUUUCAGUUUUCCCAGAUGAAUCAAUUGGUGAAAUUAUUAAGGUCAAUGGAGUCUCUCUCAAGAACCCAAACAAAAAAUUACCUAAGGAGGACCACAUUGUUUUAUCUAUGUAUGUCAAUGGUGUUCUUGGCGGUGAAGGUAAGUUGUUAUACAAGUCUGGCAACAGAUUGGUAGAAUUUAAUAAGAAGAAAUCUCACAUUAUCGAAAUUGUUUCUUCUGCCCAUAAAUUACCAAUUGCUCAAGUUGAAGUCUCAACUGAAUACGUUGGAAAGAUUUACAAUAGUGAUUUAUCAAUUGAUAAUGUCUUUCAAUACGAAAGAUUUUUCAAGUCUGGUCAAAAGGGUAUUGAUGAAUUAUCUAACUCUUUGGUUUCAUUUACCAAGUUGGAUAUUUCUCAGUUGGUUAAAUACUUCCCAGAGUUAUUGAGUUCAUUGUAUCACAUCGCCGAUACUGCUUUGACUCAACCAAAACUGGCCUCAACUGAAAUUUUACAGGAUAAUGUCUUCAAGGCUAUUGUGCACUUGUUAGAUACCAUUUUCGGGAAGCAGGAUCAAUAUUUAUACUUAGUUGAAACUUUUACAACAAGAUAUACCAAGUUACCACCAAUUGGUAUCUUCCUCUUGGAAAAGAUCUCAGAAAUCUUUAAUAGAGCUGAAUCCAAUUGGAAUGCUAUGUCAAGAAGUCUAUGCAGAAUUGUUUCCUUAUUAAUGAAAUUGGCCAUUUCUUCAAUGAAUGGCGUUGUAAAUAAGGAUGGUUCAUAUUUGGAAGCAUUAGGAACUUUAGUUAGGUCUGCAUCUCACUUUAUAUCUAUCCAAUCUAGUACCUUAAACAGUGACCAGGUUUUAAUUUUGGAUAUUAUAGACUACGUUUUGACUUUCAGAGUUCAUCUCGAUGAAUUGAAAAUUUUAGACUUUGUCGUUCAAUUUAUCGAUGCCAUUGGAACGAGAGGAUUAGGUGCAAAUGAAGAUGUUUCAGGAACGAAAAAGAACUUCAAAGAUCACAGAAUCAUCAUUUCCAAAUUGUUGUUAAUCCACCGUUUAUUUGGUACUGAAUUGGUUGAAAAUGCUAAGAGCAGGAAGGUAUUGAUUGGCAAAGCAGUUGAAUGGUCUUUUGAAGUCUUACUAGGCCCUACUGAUAUGGAUGCUUCAAGACUAGCUUGUACCGUCUUGAACUCUGUUUGCACAUUAUUGUGGCAAUCUGUAUUUGUUGAUGGUCAUAAGGAAGAAAUCGAUUUAUGUUACUCUUUGAGUAAAUUCUUACCAUGUAUUUCAAGAACUAUUAUUAAAUACAACAAAUUCACCAGAGGUAAUGAAUACUUCAAACCAAAGAGAAUUUUUACUCAGUUAUACCCAACUGAAUAUCCAUUUAAAGAAGUGUCUGUUGACCCAAUUGUUAACGACGAAGUUCUAGUUGAAAUCUUGAUUGAAUUAUCUACUGUUUUCUGUUUCGUUGCAAAGAUUGGUAAGGAAACUGCUGGAAAUGAAGGCUAUUCAGAAAUUUUGGGUAAAGAAAUUCCAAAUGAUUACUUUGUUCCAUCUAAAUAUCUUGCUGCCAACUUCGGAAAUGAAGAUGUUAUUACUUUGAUUUCAGGUGUUAAGUUAAUCAGACAAGGUAAGUUUUUCCCAGAAGAUAAAUGGCUCUCAUUGUACGCUAUUCUUGCUGAGGGAUGUUUGAGUUCAAUGGAAUUAAUUAGACCAUUAUUAAUGAGUCACUACAUUCCACCAUUUGAUAAUUCCGAAUUAUUCGACAGAGUCAUCUGGGGUAACUACUUGAAGACUUUAAUUAGAAUGGCAACAUUAUCACCAGUUUCAAUUGAGCAUCUUUCAGAUAUUCCAAGAAAAGCAUGUUACCAAAUUACUCAUACAAUGAGAGAUAGAAUUGCCUUUUUAGUUAACGAAGCUUGGGAUGGUUUAGCUUGGGAUGCCGUAGAAGAAGAUGUCUUGAGAUUCAAUUUAUCUAAGUUCGGUGGUUACCAAGUUGAAUUUAUUAGUAAUGAUUAUGGUAUUUUACAAGAUUUAAUGUUAUUAGCUUUACAGAAGAAUUCUGAAUGUCAAUCUGUUGCUGUUAAAAUCUUAUGGUCUAUUAUUGUUUCAGAAUAUAUUAUCAAUGAUUCUAUCGUUGAUAUUGAAAGAGAAUGUCUUGUUGGUUUGAAUGAUAUUUACAAUAGAUAUGCCUACAAGCCAUCUUUAAUAGAACAACAAUCCUUAGUUGAAAGAUUGAAGGUUACCAUUAGAUUGGAUAGAGAAGAUGAAGCGUUUGCUUUAAUUUAUAACUUUAUUGAAUCGUUGGCUGGAUUCUUAGACGUCUUGAAUGAUUUGAACACUGUUCCAGUUGGAAGUGAAUUCGAUGAUGAUAGAACCUUCCACAAAUUGAAUAUCAAGGCGUACUUAAAGAAUGCCAACAAGCCAGAAUUAUUUCACUCUUUCAUUAGUACUAUGUACGAAGAUAACUUGAGCAAGAAUGACUACAUUCAAGCUGCUUUGUCUUUGGAAUUAUUAGCUUCCACCUACAGUUGGGACCAUCAUGAAAUUGUUCCAGCAAGUUUUAGACCAAAAUUCCCAGAGCAAACAUCAUUCGAAAGAAAGGAAACUUUGUUCAAGAUGAUUGCAAACAACUAUGUUAAGGGUAACAGUUUAGAAAGAGCAACUGAUACUUAUAAUGAAUUGUUAGACUCAUAUAAUCAACACACCUACGAUUUGAAGAGUUUCGCUUAUGUUCAUAAUAAGUUGGCCAAGUUGUAUCUUGACUUAGAACUGUCUGAUAAAUUAAGUCCUUCAUUUUUCAGAGUUGCAUUCAUUGGUGCAGGUUUCCCACAAAACAUUAGAGGUAAGGAGCAAAUUUAUGAAGGUUUACCAUUUGAACACAUUACCUCCAUCCAUGAGAGAUUAUUAAGGGUUUACCCAGGUGCUAGAAUUGUUUCUGAUGAUUCCGAAGCCAACAAGUUGAAAGAGAAGAUCCAAACUGGUAGGUACUUACAUGUCAGUACAAUUGAACCAGUUAGUGAAAUUUCUGAUAAAUUGUUCAAUACAUCAAUUGGUGUCAGACAGUAUGCUCGUAACAAGGAUUUAAGAUUCUUCACAACAAUGAGAAAGAUUCCAGGUGCUUCUUCCGUUUUCGAUUUGUGGACAGAGGAAACAACCUACGAAACUCAAUUGUCGUUCCCAACAUUGAUGAAUAGAUCUGACAUUAAAUCAACCAAGACAGUCAAAUUAUCACCAUUGGACAAUGCUAUUAGAACCAUUGUUAACAAGAAUAACGACUUAAUCCAAUUAGAAAGUAUGAUCAACAUUGCCUUUAAGGAGAAGACUGAUUUCACAUCACUUUACAAUGAUUUGUCAAGACAAUUGGCUGGUACAGUUGAUUCACCAGUUAAUGGAGGAGUUGGCCAGUAUAGAACAUUCUUUACUGAUUCUAAAUACUUUGGAAAGGAAGAAUAUGCCCAUAGUAUUAGAUUUUUGAAGAACGCCUUUAAUGAUUUAGCUAUUAUCUUGAACAGAUGUUUGCAUUUGCACGGUAAAUUAGUGGCUCCUCUGAUGAGAAACUCACAUGAAGCCUUGGUCGAAUUGUACAAGAAGAACUUCCAAGAAGACAUCGAAGCCUUAAAGCUUUCCACAGAUUAUGACAGCGCUAGUUACAACCACAGCGUGUCUCACUAUUCUCAACAAGCACCACCAAGUGUGAAUGAAAAGAGAUCUAUUUCAGGAUUGUCUGGAGUUGGAUCUAGAUUAACUAGAACCACCAGUAGGGGCUCAUCUAAUUCUUCUAAUUCCGGCCUCUCUGGACUUUCGUCUGAUAAAUCUACCAUGAACACACUUGCGACUGGCCAAAAGUAUAAGAGAACUGCUAUUAACUGGAGAAAUAUGGUACAACGUAAUUAA